GGAGUCUCGCCGCGCCUUUGUCGUCCGAAAACGAGCCGGCGGCGCGUGUUUCAGCGAGGCGGCCACGCAGUUUAUUUGAUGUGAAACACCCUGCAGAGGCGGAGAUGGUUUGGUCUGUAGUAGGUGGGACUGCCGAGCGGUCUGCAGCAGGACGUCGUAGAUCAAUGAACCGGACCGGAGGGCUGGUCCAUCGCCUGCUGUGCAUCUGACUGUAUAGAUGUAUCGGUAUACCUAUGCAGGGACGGAGCCUAUUUUCUAAACUAUUAACCGAUCCGUUCAGUAUGCGGAUGUUAUAACGCGGCCGGCUCGUUUUUUGUAGGCUCCUCUCACCGCUCCGUCUCUUAUCCUGGAUCGUCGCUGCGAUUUGAUCUUUAUUUUUUUCUAUUCUAAUUUUUUUUUUUUUUUUUUCAAAAGGGAAAUUAAAUAGAUCCGUAACCUUCCAGGAUGAUCUUUGCAAACACGGGCAACCCGCUGAAGACAGCCAAUCGUAAGCAGUCCUACCCCAUGACUCCGUCCAGUCCCAGCAGCAGCAGCAACAGCAGCAGCACAGGCCUGGAGCAGCUCAGCAAAACCAACCUGUACAUCCGAGGCCUGCCUCCUGCCACUACAGACCUGGACCUGGUCAAACUCUGUCAUCAGUAUGGAAAAAUCCAGUCUGCAAAGGCAAUCCUGGACAAGACAACUAACAAGUGCAAAGGUUAUGGCUUUGUGGACUUCGACAGUCCAGCGGCUGCUUUAAAGGCAGUGCAUGCUCUGAAAACCAGCGGCAUACAGGCCCAGAUGGCCAAGCAACAGGAGCAAGAUCCCACAAAUCUGUACAUUUCCAACUUGCCGCUGUCUGUGGACGAGAAAGAGCUGGAGAACAUGCUGCAGCCUUUUGGGCAGGUCGUCUCCACACGGAUCCUCCGGGACUACAGCGGCAACAGCCGAGGCGUGGGCUUUGCCAGGAUGGACACAACGGAGCAGUGUAAUGCAGUCAUCUCCCACUUCAAUGGGAAGUUUAUCAAGAUAGCUUCCGGAGCUCUGGCUCCCUCUCAGCCCUUGCUGUGUAAGUUUGCUGAUAGUCAAAGGAAGAAACAUGGACAUGGCGGAUUUGUUCCCAACGGACAAGCAGGAGAUCUCAGACUAGGUGCAAUGACUCUCACCUAUGACCCUUCCUCUUCUGCUAUACAAAAUGGGUACUAUCCUUGUCCGUAUCCAGUCGCCAACAGGAUAAUGACUGUGCAGCCGACAAUGUCUCCCUACAUGUCUCCAGUGUCUGCUUACCAGGUUCAGAGUCAUUCUUGGGUGGCCCAUCAACCGUACAUCAUGCAACACCCGGCUGCUGUGAUGUCUCCCUCUGUGGAUCCCUCCAUGUCACUGCACCCCUCGGCCAUGAUUACUCAGCAGAUGGGCCAGCUGUCACUGGGAAACAGUGGAGCGUAUAUUUCUGCCAACCCUGGUGUCCAGGGGGGCUACAUGCCUCAGUAUCCUCCUGUGCAGCAAGCGCCUGAAAACGGCACGUCGCAGCAAGUGGAUUCUUCUAACAACUCGUCUCCUUACAGUCAACUCAGCAAGUAAUCACAGGCCACGUUUACUGCUGUGAGCCGGAGGGCAGGCGGGACGCUGCUGAAGCUGCAUCCCAGGAAUAACGGUCACCGCCUGCUCUGAUUGGACCAGAUACAUGAACUUAUUUGCACAGCCCCAACAUUUAUAGUGGAAAAAAAUGAGGACAGUGUAAAUGGACUCGAGCAGUUGGCUAAUCUCAAAGUUAAAAAAAAAAAAAAAAAAGAUUUAUUUUGAUAAAAAAAAAACAACAUGCUCUUCUUUUUCUCUUUUUUCAAGGAUUCUCAAACAUUUGCCAGAGGACCCACUCCCUCCUCCUCUCCUCGUCCCCCCUCACCUCCCCAUUCUAGUAUGACGUGACUUUAAAAUGCAUGAGAACGAGAUAUCUCCCCCCCCCUCUUCAAAGUGUCAAUGAUUUUCUAGUUCCUUUAUUUGUGGUAUAUGAAAAGAAAAACUUGCAGACCUCGUUUGCACUGAAAUCUGAAGUUUUAGGAAAACUUCACUUUGGUUUUUGAAGCUGCCACAGAAUAGCUUACAAGAUCUGUUUCACUUCAGCUGCACUUGACAACUAAGACAGGAGACCAAUUCUUUAGGAAAUAAUGAAUUUAUCAUUGGAAAAAGGUGCCUUCCUUACGUGACAUCAAGCAUCCAACAAUUUUUCAUCAAACUUGAUCAGGUGUCAUAUUUCUAUUCGACUGAUCAAACGUGUGCGUGAAAUCAUGGAUAUUAACCAUCGAGUGUUUCGCUAUCGAGUCUUCUGGUAGCAAUAAAGACAAUGAGAGUCCCACGGCAAUACUGAGAAAAAAGAAUGGUGACAAAACUCAGAGCAAGGUAAUUCCUUAUUUUCCUAUUUCCUUUUUUUAAAAAACGUCAAGACAUGACAUGAAACAAGAGCCGUACUUUUAUGAAAUUACAAGUUUUACACCCAAUGGGCAUCUUCUAGGAGGGUUUGUUUUGUUUUUUCUCUCUCUCUCUCUCUCUCUCUCUCUUUCUCUCUCUUCUCUCUUGUGGUCCGCGUGACCAGUGAUCUACCUCAUGGCUCUGCUGGACUCUUGCUGGUGUUGUGGGGUUUGCAGGUAAAGCCCCGUCUCAUCAGGCCGGACGCAGCAGAACAGAAGCCCGCUCAGGAGCUGGCUAAACAGGACUUCUGCCGUCUGUCUCCCACAUGCAGCGUUACUUUUCCUGAUCUUCAAAAAAAAAAAAAAAAAAUGAAAAGAAAAGAAAAAUCAACAACAGCAACAAAAGAAAUACAAAAAAAACAAAAAACAUUGUGCUUUAUUUUUUAUUUUUAAUCUUUAUUUUGUCAUUGCUUCUCUUCUGGUGUUUCUUUUUCUCAACAUGACUAUUGUUGUUCAGUUGUGAUGCUCCAUUUUAGAGAUGCAAAGUUAGACAGCUUCUUUGUGAAACAGUUGGCUUACUGCGCGCUUGGAAAAAAAACAAAAAACAAAAAACAAUGAACGCACGCUCCGUGCGUUUAUUUGGUGUAUCGUUCUGCCUUUCAACAGAUCUCACACGACUCACACUGCUACUGUAAAGCUUCUCAAAAAGUCACGCUACAAGUCGGCCGGACUUUGGUCAGUAGUUUAAUUUUGUAAAUGCCAAACGAUUUGGAUGAGUGGAAAAAAUCAAACCUUUGCCUCGGGCGAACUACGUGUAACAAUCAUGUAUGUACAUCACACACAGCAAUAUUUCUUUACAAUUUCACGCGAGAUGAAAUUACAUGACGGAGACCGUGUGUCUCUGAAAAAUGCGAUUUGUAAAUGACAAACUUUCAGGGCCAAAAGUGAAAAUAAGCGAGCUUUAUUGUUUGCCUUGCUUUCUUUUUUCGUUCAGUUUCUGAAUUGUACUGUAAGACCUCUACACUACUGUAAAA